AUGCCGCCGAAAGCUAAGGCUGCCCAGUCAAAACAGGAACUCAAGGCUAAACAAAAGGUUGUCGAAGACAAGACCUUCGGCCUUAAGAACAAAAACAAGUCCAAAGCCGUACAAAAAUAUAUUAAAUCGGUGCAAGCCCAAGUAACUGGUGGCCGUGUGAAGUCUGAACAUGAGUUGAAGGCUGAGCAGAAGGAGAAAGCCGAGGAGAAGAAGCGGCAGAAGCAGGCAGCUCUGUUGGCCUCUCUCCAGAAGGCCACGGAGGCAAUGAAGAACGCCGCGGAUAAGAAGACUGACUACAAGACUGUGACGGAGAGCCAGAGGGUGGACAUAUACGUGGAUCCGCGAGCGGCUAAGCAGCAGGAGACCAUGGAUGACUGGGACAUGAGUAAAUUGGAGCAGGUAAUUAAGACGAAGCAUGGGGGUCAGAAGACUCAGAGCGAAAUCGUUUGCAAGCACUUUUUGGAUGCUCUGGAGAAGAGGUUGUACGGAUGGUUCUGGCAGUGCCCGAACGGAGACACGUGUCAGUAUCGGCAUGCCCUGCCGCCGGGUUACGUGCUGAAAAAGAAGGAGCUUCCGGAUUUGAGCAACCUUCCGGAAGAAGAAAGCCUCGAAGAGAUUAUAGAACGAGAACGGCAGGCGCUCCCCCCUGGUGGUACUCCUGUAACCUACGAGACGUUCAUGGCCUGGAAGGCGAAGAAACAAGCCGAGGUUGCCAAAGCCAAAGAGGCUGCGGCCAAGAAGAAGAAGGAAGAUUCCAGUGGCAGAUCUACCGGCAUGUCCGGCCGUGCGCUCUUCCAGUACGACCCGUCCCUCUUCGCUACUCAGGAAGAAGAAGACGACGACGACGACUUCGCCACCAUGCUGGCAGAACACAACCAAGCAGAACUUGAAGCAGAACAUCUUGCCGCCCAGGAAGCAGCGGCCAAUCUUGCAGCCGCUCAAGCUGCCGUCGAUGGACGGCCACUUACUUCUUCUGACCAAGACUCACCAGCUGCCACUGCCACCACUGCCACUGCCACCAAUGCCACAGAACAGGACACACUCCAUGUACGCAAUGCCAACCUAUUCAAAGAUCAAGGCGAAACACUCGACCCUGAUGAACUCGACGACUGA